AUGGCGCAAUCACGGCAACAAGCGUUUGAGCGUGUCAGGAUGAUCAAGCCAAGGCAGGAAGGGCUUACGAGCGGCCAAGCUCGAGGCAGCAAGACAGCAGCAACACAGGGAGCCACGUGCAGUGAGCCUGGGGUGGUGUGGCGAGGUGCAGACUGGGAAGCGAUGCUUUGUGCACGCACGGAACGCGGACGUACAGUUGACUUUGCCGGUGGCACCGUUGAAGACCUCGCAGACCAUGGUCCCCGCGGUACAGUAGCCGCUGUCAAAGUGGAGCUGUUCGCAAAUGUUGAGACGCUUCACCAAACACUGGACAAGCGGCUACGCUCUCAACAACAAGCAGCACGCGGCAAAUUACACACUGCUGUUUCUCCAUCUACAGCCCCAGCACCAGAGAGCACCAGAGAGGACCAGCAGCCCCAGCGAGAACCAGCGCAACAGAGAGCACCAGAGAGAACAAGCAGCACCCGUUCACCAGAGUAUCAGCGCACCAAAGAGCACCAGAGGGCACCAGCAGGCACCAGCGGGCACCAGAGUAUCAGCGCACUCGAGGGCACCAGAGAGAGCUCAGAGGGCACCAGCGGGCACCAGAGUAUCAGCGCACUCGAGGGCACCAGAGAGAGCUCAGAGCACGAUCGAAAUGGACAUGUGGGCUGCUGGUGUUUCUGGAGGCAGAGACCGUGUGGGGUUGGCGGAUGUUAUGAAGAGUCCAACUGUACAUGUGCACACGCUUUCCCCGUUGUGCUGGGACUGCAUGCCUCACUACCGCCUGGCAACCGGACCGACCGAAUGACAGAUUUUCCGGAUGAUUUCGAUGAAGACGAUGUCACCUGA